CUGAAGAUCAUGAGCACUCAACUCGACCGUGUUUCUCCUCCUGAUCUCCGCGCACGCAAUCUCCGCAAGACCAAGAAAUAAAACACACACACACACACAUACACUCUCUCCCUCUUUCUCUCUCGCUCUCUCUCUCAUUCAACAGACGCUCCGUUUCCAGCGCCGGGAAUAAAGCUUCAUCCACGCUCGGACUCAAAGUCUCGCAGUUGUCCGCUUUUAUUUCAUUUGCUCUCUGUGAAGGUUCAAGGUGUUUAACAUGAUGUUCAUGUCUGUUCUGAUGCGCGCUGGCUUUGGAUUAUUCAGCGUCGCUCUGAUCGCCUUUGUCCAGCAGCCAGCCGGCGCUUCUGCCAGCAGAAACCCGCAAGCAGAUGUGGACGAGUGUGCAGAGGCCCUGGACAGCUGCAGUAUGGAUGCCAUCUGUCAGAACACCCUCAAGUCAUACAAAUGCAUCUGCAAAUCAGGAUACAAAGGCGACGGGAAGCACUGUGAAGAUAUCGAUGAGUGUGCCAGUGAAUAUAAUGGAGGAUGCGUUCACGAGUGCAUCAACAUCCCUGGAAACUACAGAUGUACGUGCUACGACGGCUUUCGCUUGGCCCACGACGGACACAACUGCCUGGAUGUUGACGAGUGCGCGGAAGGAAACGGCGGAUGCCAGCAGGUCUGUGUUAACAUGAUGGGGAGUUAUGAGUGCCGGUGCCGCGACGGAUUUCUCCUGUCCGACAACCAGCACACCUGCAUCCAGAGACCCAAAGUGCGUUUUAAUGGAACUAAAGAUGUGCCCACCUGCAUGGAUAAAAAUCAUGGCUGUGCCCACAUUUGCAGAGAGACACCCAAAGGAGGCAUUGCCUGUGAGUGCAGACCUGGAUUUCAGCUCACCAAGAACAACCGAGACUGUAAAUUGACAUGUAACUAUGGUAACGGUGGCUGUCAGCACAUCUGUGAGGAGAUGGACCAUGGGCCCAGGUGUUCGUGUCAUAUGAAGUUUGCGCUUCACUCUGAUGGGAAGACCUGUGUAGAGGAAAGAAGUACCCCUCAUCAGCCACUGCAGCCAGAGCUGUUACCCAAUGAGACGUGUGCAGUUAAUAACGGAGGCUGUGACAGCACGUGUCAUGAUGCUGUGACUGGAGUUCGCUGUAGCUGCCCGGUGGGAUUCACCUUACAGUCGGACCGCAAGACCUGCAAAGACAUUGACGAAUGCCGCAUGAACAACGGCGGGUGUGACCAUGUGUGCAGAAACACGGUUGGCAGCUUCGAAUGCAGCUGUAAGAAAGGAUACAAACUUCUGACCAAUGAGAGGACGUGCCAAGAUAUAGAUGAGUGUUCAUUCGACCGGGCGUGUGACCACACAUGUGUGAACUCACCUGGAAGUUUCCAGUGCUACUGCCACAAAGGUUACGUCCUGUACGGCGUGGCUCACUGUGGAGAUAUUGAUGAGUGCAGCAUUAAUCGGGGUGGCUGUAAAUUCGGAUGCGUGAACACUCUGGGCAGUUACGAGUGUACCUGCCCUCCUGGUUACAAACUGCACUGGAACAGGAAGGACUGUGUCGAGAUCGUGAAAUGUACUUCCAAUCUGGUGGCCCCCAAAGCCACCCUUACUUGCAGUAAGACGGGGAAAAAAGAGAGCUGCUCUCUCACGUGUGCAUCCAAAGCACAUUACCUAUCAGAAUCAGACAACAGCUAUUCUGUUAGCUGUGGAAUACCCAUUCUACGAGGUAAAUCUCAGAGCAGAUUAAAUGCAAGCAGCAUCCAGAGCUGCAUAGAGACUCAGGCUCCUCCAGUGAAGCAGACGGCGUCCUUCCGGAUCAAGAACGCCAAAUGCCACCUGCACCCGAAGCAUAAGGGGAGGGCAGAGGACAACGGCAGACAGAUCGGGCCAGGCGGCCAACCGUGCAACAACUGCCUGGUCACGUUCGUUAACCUGAAGUGCGAUUCGUCUAAGAAGGCCAAAGGUCGUCGGGCACGUAACCCAUCAAGCAAAGAGGUCACGCGCAUCACUCUGGAGCUGGAGGCUGAAGUCAAGCCAGGAGACGCCACUGGGAACUGUAACAUGAUGUGUCAAAGGCAGCGCAUGGAGCAGCAGAUGAAGUCGUACAUUAAAGCCCUGAAAAAAUCCAUUAACCAGGAGCGUUUCCUCAUCCGUGUGGCUGGAUUGGAGUACGAGGUGGCACAGAAGGUCCCACAAACUGGACAGAGGCAGGAGAACUGUGGACCGGGCCGAGAAAAAGACAGCGGCCGCUGUGUCAGAUGUUUGCCUGGGUCAUACUACCAUGGUGAGCAGGAACGCUGUGUCCAGUGCCCACCUGGAACAUUCCAGGAACGUGAAGGUCAGCUGGCUUGUGACCUUUGUCCUGGAGGAGACCGCCAUGGCCCUGCAGGGGCUCGCAACAUCACGUCAUGUGCAGGUCAGUGUCCGCCUGGUUAUUUCUCCAGCGAUGGGUUCAAGCCCUGUCAGCUGUGCCCCGUGGGAACGUACCAGCCCGACCCAGGACGAACACUCUGUUUCCCCUGUGGAGGUGGGCUUGGAACCAAAAGAGAGGGCGCCAGCUCCUUUAAUGACUGUGAGGUCAAAGUGUUGUGUUCUCCAGGUCACUAUUAUAACACCUCAGUUCAUCGUUGCAUCCGCUGUCCUCAUGGAACCUACCAGGCUGAGUUCAGACAGAACUACUGCAUUUCCUGUCCUGGAAACACCACCACAGACUUCGACGGGGCCAUCAGUGUGUCUCAAUGCAAGAAUCGGGAAUGUGGGGGUGAAAUAGGUGAGUUCAUCGGGUACAUUGAGUCCCCCAACUAUCCAGGAAACUACCCAGCCAAUGUAGAGUGUAUCUGGACGAUCAACCCUCCACACAAACGCAAGAUUCUGAUCGUGGUUCCGGAGAUCUUCCUCCCGUCUGAGGAUGAGUGUGGAGAUGUCCUAGUAAUGAGGAAGAAUGGGUCAGCGACCUCUAUCACCACUUAUGAAACAUGUCAGACAUAUGAGAGACCGAUUGCAUUUACAGCCCGAUCGCGCCGCCUCUGGAUCAACUUCAAAUCCAACGACGUAAACAGCGCUCGCGGAUUCCAGAUUCCAUACGUCACUUACGAUGAAGACUAUGAGCAACUGGUUGAAGACAUUGUAAGAGAUGGAAGACUUUAUGCCUCUGAAAACCAUCAAGAAAUACUUAAGGAUAAAAAACUGAUUAAAACUCUGUUCGACGUGCUGGCUCACCCAAACAAUUACUACAAGUACUCAACUCGGGACUCCACGGAGAUGCUCCCACGUUCCUUCAUACGCCUCAUCCACAGCAAAGUCUCCGCCUUCCUGCGUCCGUACAAAUAGUCAAAAGUCUGCCUCCACACCCCUCCAGUCACCUGGCCUCAAGUCAAUGGGAUCCUACACACACACACACACACACACACACACACACACACACACACAUAUACAUACACACAUAUUUUCAACGGCCACACUAUGCAGAUGUUUCACUUUACCUUUUUCUUUUCUUUUUCUUGUCAGUCAUCUCUGAGGGGGAAAAAAAAGCUUCUGUGUAGUCUACAUGUAACGCAGUCGUAUCGAGCCAAACCGAAGUGUUUCCUUUCUCUACGUGUCGGUCACCGUUCUGUGCUGUCGAUGUUUGUUUGUUUUUUGUUCUGUGAUUUGCACGCUCGGUCCUGAGGCAUCUCGUAGAGGAAGACGAUGGUUUGGGUGGUUCCCACAGCCCCCGUUAAGAGCGACGUGAGUUUAAACACGCCUGAUUGAGUUGUACAGACUAAAGUUGUAGCAUGUCAAAGAAAAGAACAGCUUUUUGUCGAACUGGAGCUAGCUGUGAUCGUGCUUUAAAAAUAGGCUUUUUCCCCAAGUCCCAGCUCUCGUAAACUCGUAGUUCUCAAAAUAAAUGUACAAUCUUUUGUAUAUCUGUACUUUCAGUGUGCUCUUGGUAAGAUCUAAUUCAUAUCAAGCAUUUCACAAUGUUAAAGCAUUAUAUUUGAGCUCCUAGAGCAUACAUAUAAUCUCUAAAGGUCAUGCUGUUAAAACAGUAAUGUUUUAUUAAGGUCUGCCUGUUUGGAUUGUAUUAUUGUCAGCUGCAUAUUCUUCUAUUUCCUAAUAUUCAAGUUAAUUUAAGGCAUAAGAGAUAUAAGUGGGUUAUUGGAAAGGCUCGGGUGAUGAAAAGGUCGGUUGGUAUUGUAAAAACUGUUAACACUCAGUUCUGUGAAGGUUUUUUGCAGGACAUUCAAUUGCUGCUUCUUCAGAAACGUCACUUUAAACCUUCGGUUUUACCUUAUGCGAUUCAUGAAAUGUCCUAUAGAGAAGAGCAGUCGAGGGGCCCAACUCUUUCACAGGUUGGAAGUAAUGUUUUCAUAAUCCAGACACGAAUCACUGAUAAACGUAAACCACAGGAUGAACUCGAGUAAAAAAAAAAAUAACAGCACUGCUCCACGUUUCAGGAUGAAACGACAGUGUUUUGAGAUUGUUUUGCACAUUACGUAAGGACACAAAGACCAGCAGUGUUCGGGUUACAGGUGUUGGGUUUCACCGGACCGUGGUAAGUGCCUGAAGUGGAAAAGUGUCGGGAUAAACCUGUGGAUGUUGACAUUUAUGAGUGUUUCUUGUAUGAAUUAUGAACCCGUUAGUAUUCGCGAAUGUGUUGAUAGGUAAAGCCCUUCACAUAAAGUGAGAAAAGAACGAGAAGGUCAAACCAUACCCAGUUUUGACAUGUAAACAGAAAAGGACUGGUCAAAAUGGUAGCUUACUGUUCUCUUUUUUUUUUUUUUUUUUUGUAUAUUGUAAAUAUGAAAUAAACAUAGACUAAUUGGAGUGUGAGAGAGAAGUCCAAACACCAGUUGUUCUCCUGACCUUGUAUUUACCGUUGUGCUAUCCUUAAUGUCCAAGGCUGAUGCAAAAGAGGGUCCAGGGUCCAUUCGAACUUUAAACAUUAUCGCCAGAUACAUACUCUAUGCAAGUAUGCAAACGCUUGGCCAAUGUGUUGCAAGCACAUGGUCCUGGUUGUAUAUAAACAUGCACUCUUGCAUUCAUGCAGUCUUUGGGAAUUAAGGGGGGGGGGCGAUAGUUACUUUUUGAAAUAAACAACAGAAAGCUAGCAAUAUACAUCAGCUUUAACUUGCUCAAUGAGAUUCUCUUCACCAUCUCAGUUGUUCAUCUAAAAGACAAAUCUCACUGUAGUUUACGCCAAUGCAAAGCUCAGAAUGCAACACAGUACUUGCACAUUUCCGAAAACAGCGAUUCAUUAAAUCAAGCUAAAAAUGUUUGCAUUUACAUACUUGCGUAGAAUAUUUUGGGACUAUUUCUGUUCUGGAAAAAAAGACAAUUUUGUGGUAUUGACUUCGCUGGCUCCACCUGGGGUCAAAUGCAUUUAACCGUAACCUUCGCAUUUAAUCCAAACCUCUUCUAAUUAAAGUUAGUCCGUCUACAGACACACAUGGUUGUCCCACUCAAUUUUUUUUUUUUUUUUUUUUAUGUUAUGGAUCGAAAAUGUUAACCUUGAAGACUACGUCAUAAAAUCCAGAACUAAAGAGAAUGGAAUGUGUGAGAUAUUUGCAAGGGUUAUUUCAUGAAGCAGUUAUUGACUUUUUAGGUAUUUUGUACAUUUGUCAGCUAUUACAUGGGUCACUAAUAUAAUUGUUUAAAUGUAUAAAUAUGAUAGUAUAGAAAGAAAAAGGAAGAAAAAAAUAAAAGCUUGGAUUAACCCAAGAAGUGAAAUGUCAAUAUUGCCCCACUCGCAGAAACCAAACUCAAGUUUAACUCACCGUCUACUACUAAACAUCAGUCAUGUGUUGCAGCACUGCAAGUUGGAUAUUUCCGUGAAAAAAGGGAUGGGUCAUAUGUGAAAUAGCCACAAUUGCCAUGAAAUGAAAAGUUUGUGGCAAAGUAGUCAAUGUUUUGUUGAAUGUUCACUAAAAGAACUUCAGAGUAUUAGCUACUCUAACUAGUCGAUGUCAUUAGCGGUCUGUGACUGCUGCUUUAUUUUUAUAAUUUACUCUGUCUUUGCUCUACCAAACCCAUUUCAAACAAUGUUAAAUGUUUUGAUCAAUCCAUGUUGCUGUUUUAUUUUUAUUUUUAUUUGUUUUGUUUUAUUUUUUCCUUCAUUUGUCUUUUCCCCAUUUUUCAAAGUGUCUUUUUUUGUUAGAGAAAAAAAUUACUUUGCCACAAUGUUUCAUGGAAUUGGAAAUGGUAUUUGCACUUGAAAUUUGUUUAUGCUCAUGUAAAGAUGUCUGGAUUUUGUAUUGUCUUUUUAAAUGAAAGAAAUUGGUGUUCUUAAA